AUGAUCGUAGAACGAUAUACCCGCUUCGUGUAUAUUUCGGGCUAUCCUGACUUGAUCCUGACUUUUUUUGGUUUCUUCAUACCACCAACUUUCUCCACGGCGGCUGGACGCAGCAUGAAGGGCAUUGACUACUCUCUCUAUCUUGUGACGGGAAGAGCCUUAUUACCGUCCGGCAAGGGUUAUCUGGAGUCCCUCGAAGAAUCUAUUCGCGGGGGUGUUACUGUAGUCCAAGUGCGCGAGAAGGACGUGGAUACACGAGAAUUCAUCCACAUAGCAUCCCAAACCAAGGCGAUAUGUGACAAGUACAAUGUUCCUGUCAUCAUCAACGACCGAGUCGACGUCGCGCUCGCAAUUGGCGCUGAUGGUGUGCACCUUGGCCAAACGGAUAUGACAGUCGACAUGGCGCGCAAGCUUCUUCCUCCAGGGUCGCUUAUAGGUGUUAGUUGUAAUAACGUCGCGCACGUCGAACAGGCCGUGCUCGAUAAAGUGGAUUAUAUUGGCGUUGGCGCAGUCUGGGGCACGCAGACGAAGAAGUUGACCAGUCCGAUCAUUGGUGUUCGUGGUGUUGGCGCGAUGUUGAGGGUGCUGGAUGGGACAGGCAUCAAGGCUGUGGCUAUCGGUGGGAUCAAGUCGACCAACCUUCUCAGGACGCUACACGGCUGCGUCUCCACUACGGGCCAUGCUCUAGAUGGAGUCGCCAUCGUCUCCGACAUCGUUGCGUCGCUCGAACCUGGACAGGCUGCCUCCAAGCUCAGGUCCAUCUUCAAGCAGUUCAACGAGAGUUCAAGAAGCAUGCUAGCACUAAGCUCGUCUAACAACCUGACUGUGGAAUCCAUCCUGGACGGUGUCGUGAAUUUAAUGACAGAAAUAAGGAAGGUUAACCCUCUGGUUCAUCAGAUUACAAAUGUGGUUGUAACGACCCAGUCGGCGAAUGUCACUCUUGCUGUCGGUGCAAGUCCCAUCAUGGCCACUGCUCCAUCAGAAAUGGAGGACAUGACGCGGAUAUGUGGCGCUCUGUUGGUCAACAUUGGAACUCUACGAGAAGAAAACCUUACUGGCAUGCUCCUCGCAGGUGCCUUUGCCAACUCGUUCCGGAAACCGGUCGUCUUUGACCCAGUUGGCAUCGGCGCAAGUGCAUUCAGGAAGGAUGCUGUAAGAACACUGUUGGACACCUGGCAAGCAAGCGUGAUCAAGGGCAAUGCAGGCGAGCUCGCGGCUUUGGCAGGCACAGCCGAGGUUGAGUCGAAAGGCGUCGACAGCGUGGGGUUGGGAUUUAAGGACCCGGAGAAAUUCGUGCGAAAUCUAGCGAGGAGAGAAAGAUGUAUUGUAGUGCUCACAGGACCGACGGACUACAUAUCCGACGGUACCUCUGUCAUCGUCUUGCAGAACGGCGUUGAUGUCCUUGGUAAAGUUACCGGAGCUGGCUGUAUUCUUGGAAGCAUCAUCGCAAGUUUCUGUGCCACGGCGGCGUAUACAGCCGAUGUCGAUGAAGCACUGAAGGAAGGAACACUGUUCCGAGGUGAUAUGCUGACCGCUGCUGUCGCCGGAGUACUCAUACUCACCAUCGCUGCCGAGCUUUCUGUAACAAGAGCACACUACAAUGGGCCUGGUUCCUUCCUGCCCCCCCUGAUCGACGAAUUGUGGUCACUGGAACCAGCCUCGAUUCAGUCCUACGCCAAAAUUUCUGUGAGGUAG